GGCGUUGCGCAAGCGCAGAAUCGUUACUGUUUCCUGACACUCCGACGAAUAUCACACCGACACAAACUUUAAACCCUUUUAGUAAUUGCGCAUUUUUAGGUGAUUUUACUGCUUCAUCAUGGGACUGACCAUCUCGUCGAUUUUCAGCAGGCUGUUCGGAAAGAAACAGAUGAGAAUUCUCAUGGUGGGACUGGAUGCUGCGGGUAAAACCACUAUAUUGUACAAACUGAAACUUGGAGAAAUUGUGACCACCAUUCCUACCAUAGGUUUUAAUGUAGAGACCGUUGAAUACAAGAACAUCUGCUUCACCGUGUGGGAUGUCGGCGGCCAGGACAAGAUUCGUCCUCUCUGGAGACACUAUUUUCAGAACACCCAGGGUUUGAUCUUUGUGGUGGACAGUAAUGACAGAGAGAGAGUGGCAGAGUCUGCAGAGGAGCUUGCUAAAAUGUUACAGGAAGAUGAACUGAAGGACGCCGUGUUGCUGGUUUUCGCUAACAAACAGGAUCUGCCUAACGCCAUGGCUGUCAGUGAGCUCACAGACAAACUGGGUCUGCAGAGUCUACGCAGCAGAAUGUGGUACGUUCAAGCAACUUGCGCUACACAAGGCACUGGACUCUAUGAAGGACUGGACUGGUUAUCAAACGAGCUCUCCAAACACUAGUGCGCCUGUUGACGGGAGAAACGGUGUGUUUGAACCAAUGGGAAGGCUAGAGACUCCUCAUAAAAUUUUUAAGUGUAUAACACGACUGGAAGCUGGGAAGGAACCAUCAAACCCUCAGCGCCCGUCUUAGCUUUCCUUUUUUAUUUUUGUUUUGUACAGUGCAUUCGUAUGCCCAAGAUUAUCUUUUGUUUUUCCAUUUCAGAAGCGCAACUUCUUUUGUUUCUAAGGACCUUUCUUCACUACGACUCUUUCAGUUUCUUAGAAUGGCCUCUGGAGACCCUGAUCAGUGUACCGGGUUUCUGGUUUUGUUUAUAGUAUCCUUACAGUUUGAUUGGUUUUAAUAUCCAUUUGAGAUCUUCAGUUAAAGAUUGAGUUAAACACUCAAAACUGGAUUUAUAAUGUAGAGGUCAUUCAUUGAAACAAAGUCAUGCCUACUCCAUCAGUUUGUAUAGAGAUGCAGAAUUUGAAGUUACUAAGCUAAAAUGGUUUGGAGCUCCUAUGAUUCUUUGACUGUGCAUGAAUCUUCUAGAAUUUAAUUCAGUCUGGAUCUUGUUUGAAGUUCAUCAAAAGGUUAAUGAUAAUCAUAGAAGUCCAUUGAUGUUUUGUGGCAAAUGUUGAAAUGUUUAAAGGGAACGUGAUGUUCUUAAGCCACAAUAUUGCAAUUCAAACAUGUUUUAUAUUUGUCAUGCCAUGGGAAAAUGAGUUUUUGCUCAGGUGUGUUGCUUGAGCUUAUCGUUGAGAUUAUUUGUGACUGAAUCAGACUCCUGAAUGCUGAUUUAAUGUACUGAUGAAUUCCAGGUCUGGUCUGAAAUGGUUUGAUUUCUUAAACUGAUGUGUAACAGAUACAGUCUAUUUUACCCUAAUUAUCAUGUCAAAUCUGUUGGUGUAUAAUAACAUAUUGUUUAGAAUUAAACAUAAUCGUGAAUUUAUUGUGUUCAUGGUGAACACUUAUUGGAAAUUAAGUAAUUCCUGAAAGCCUGCUCGUAAUGUGAAUUGUUAAAUUAAUGCAUAUAUUUAGCUAUAUUGUUAUUUAUCUCGGCACGUCAAAAUCUGCCUUUUUUCCUCAAUAAUGUUCAUUAACGCUUGUUAAAAACUUUCGAUUUAUUACUAAAAACGUAAGUAUAUUUUUAUCGAUUGUUUCCUUCCGAUCAAACACUGUUUAAACACCAAAAAAAAUAU